AUGCCUUCAUUCCGCCGCGUCACCGCAGACCUAGGAAUUGCCAAGUUCAAGAAAUGGCAAGCCAGCAAACUCUCAAGAGCAAAACCUCUACGAUACGGUACGGGAAAUGGGUUUUACACUUCAAGUGCACUCGUUUUCAAACCCCAUGAUCACUCCGCCUCCUUGGAGUUCUCUCACUCUCACCUCGCCAGUGCUGCAUUUUCCGUCUUGACUCAACGAAAGUCCACUUUGUGGGGACAGGAUAUACCAAACACCUACACACCAAGCGCUACAUCGCAAAUACAAGAGCCUGAAGUAAUCGACUUAACGGAAGACUGCAUCACCCCGAAUUCCGCCCACGACCAUGAAGAUCCAUAUGGCACCUUAUCGAGAGCUGUCUAUGACGAGGAUACAUCGGAAUCUGAGUCAGAAAUUGGGGAAUCCUCCUCUAAGGGGCGCUUCUCUCCGGCACCUUCAAGCACAUCUAGAUCCCCGGAUAAUGAGAGCGACAACGCGGAGAGUAUUCGAGCUCACCUUACAUAUGCUUUUGAACUGCCUCAGACUCCAGAAGAAUCGGGCCGAUCCUCCUCGAUUGCCGGUGUCCAGCAACCUAAGAAAAGAGCCGGAAGACUCCGCAGUAUCCCCUCAUCUUCCUCGUCUUUAAAAAUGGCCGUUGAAAAUCCGAAAAUGCAUGUUACCACAGAGUUGCCGAUCAUAACGGUAUCAAUGAGAGGCGAUGUCCAGUCCUUCCAUCGGACUGCAAGGUAUCGCAUCUCAGGUUCCUCCAUUCCGAACAAUGCAGAAUAUCGCCAUACUGUGGACGCAGUAAUGAUAGGGAAUACCGCCGUUGUGGGCCAUGGGGAUGGUCCCUUCCAGGUAUCUCUGGUCCAUCUUGUCAAGGGACUUCCACCCACCUUGAUGGACCUGAAUCACAGGCCUCACAAAAGAACCAUUGUAUCUGGAGCGAAGGCUGGUACAGCAGCGGUCAGUUGUCUCGCAGCCUGCCCUUCAUCCGAGCAGGGUGUCACCCAGUUCUUCACUGGCGGGUACGAUAAGACAGUUAGGUUCUGGUCUGUGACGGCACCAGAAUCAAUGACCGUCGAGAAAUCACUCACGCUAACCACCAUACCUGAAGCCCUCGCCCUCCGAGACGGGAGGCUACUGGUAGGCACUUCUCGUAAAAUUCUGAACGUCGACCUAGGGCACCUAUCAGCAAAGCCUAGCGCAACUCCUCUGAGUAACGCGAUCCAUCAGAUACAUGUGCACAAACAAGCACCGAAUAUAGCAAUCCUAGAGGCGAGCCCUCUGGAGUCACUGCAGUCCGCUCUUUUUACGUCUAACGUCCGGAAUAGGUUGACCAUCUGGAUUCUCAGAUCCAGAUUUUCGAUGACAGGAAGAGGCCCGGCUUCGAUAGGCAGCCCGACUGCUCCUUCGGUGGGCGAUUCGGAGAUGGGCCGGCCAGGUCUUCUCGAGGGGACACCAACUUCAGCCUAUUCGUGA